UCAGGCUUUUGCUUCUGAGGGAGAGAGGAAAGCAAGUGCAGCCUGUGCGCAAAUGCUGGUGGUGCCUCCCCUCCCCCCCGGGAGGCCGGGAAUGGGGGAUAGUAGGAGGGGCUGGCUGUGACUGCAUUCAUGGAAAUGAGCCUGGAGGAGCGGAGCAGCACACACUCGGAGCGUCUGCUAGGGCUGCAGCUCUGCGCGUCCAUCUCUGCGCUCUGCGCCAGCCUUCCCCACCAGGCCCAGCGAGUUUCCACCUGCAGGGCCGGUGCUCUCAGCUUUUGUUUUCUCGGGACACCUUCUUCUUUACCCCUGCUGUGCUGGCGCACACAUGCUGUCCUUGCUCCGGCUCUCCCUGCACCUACAGCUGUGGGAGCUCCCGGCAGCCUGGGACUGUGGGGUUGCUGCACGGAGCCACCAUGGCCUCUGACGUGGAGAGCUGUGACCUGCCGAGGCUUUGAUGUUGCUGCCCAGGGCUGGCCAGGACACUGGGGCCGCAGGAGAGGGGACUCACCGUGGUUCCCAGUGACCUGACAGCAGAGGAGCGUCAAGAACUGGAGAACAUCCGACGGAGAAAACAGGAGCUGCUGGCUGACAUUCAGAGGCUGAAGGAUGAGAUAGCAGAAGUAGCUAAUGAAAUUGAAAACCUGGGAUCCACAGAGGAAAGGAAAAAUAUGCAGAGGAACAAACAGGUAGCCAUGGGCAGGAAAAAAUUUAAUAUGGACCCUAAAAAGGGGAUCCAGUUCUUAAUAGAAAACGACCUGCUGAAGAACACUUGUGAAGACAUCGCCCAGUUCUUAUAUAAAGGCGAAGGGCUCAACAAGACAGCCAUUGGCGACUACCUAGGGGAGAGAGAUGAGUUUAAUAUCCAGGUUCUUCAUGCAUUUGUGGAGCUGCAUGAGUUCACUGAUCUUAAUCUCGUCCAGGCACUGCGGCAGUUCCUGUGGAGCUUCCGGCUACCGGGAGAGGCCCAGAAGAUCGACCGGAUGAUGGAGGCGUUUGCCCAGCGAUAUUGUCAGUGCAAUAAUGGCGUGUUCCAGUCCACGGAUACUUGUUACGUCCUCUCCUUUGCCAUCAUCAUGUUGAACACCAGUCUGCACAACCCCAAUGUCAAAGAUAAGCCCACUGUGGAGAGGUUCAUUGCCAUGAACCGAGGCAUCAAUGAUGGGGGAGACCUGCCGGAGGAGCUACUCCGGAAUCUCUAUGAGAGCAUAAAAAAUGAACCCUUUAAAAUCCCAGAAGAUGACGGGAAUGACCUCACUCACACUUUCUUCAACCCAGACCGAGAAGGCUGGCUAUUGAAACUCGGUGGCAGGGUAAAGACUUGGAAGAGACGCUGGUUCAUUCUGACUGACAACUGCCUUUACUACUUUGAGUAUACCACGGAUAAGGAGCCCCGUGGAAUCAUCCCUUUAGAGAAUCUGAGUAUCCGGGAAGUGGAGGACUCCAAAAAACCAAACUGCUUUGAGCUUUAUAUCCCCGACAAUAAAGACCAAGUUAUCAAGGCCUGCAAGACCGAGGCUGACGGGCGGGUGGUGGAGGGGAACCACACUGUUUACCGGAUCUCAGCUCCGACGCCCGAGGAGAAGGAGGAGUGGAUUAAGUGCAUUAAAGCAGCCAUCAGCAGGGACCCUUUCUACGAAAUGCUCGCAGCACGGAAAAAGAAGGUCUCCUCCAUGAAGCGACACUGAGCAUGCAGCCAAGGGCGUUGGUCUGCGGGGGCCUUGGAGCUCCCGCUCUUCUCCCGCACCUCCACGGAUGCACUGCUGCCGAGCAGAGCGUCCUCUGCCAGGCCCCGCCCUGGAUUCCUAGAGACUAGCUUCAGCUUUUACUAUUUUUUUUAAGUGGGAGAAGGGUGGGCAGUUACCACUGGGGAAGAGAGGACCGGCCACCUGUCCAGCAUGGGCUCUAGAGCCUUCCUCUCUCACAGGGCAGAGCUCUUGUCGGCAGGGCAGCCUCCUGGCCAGUUUCUCUGCUCAGUGUUCUGGUAGCAGAGCUCGGAGCCAACUGUUUACCUCUUGGUUGUCCCCGUGAAGAAGCCUUCAAACCCUGCACCAUAAAUACAUGUAUCCAUAUAUUAUUAUAUGUUAAGAGAAAAAGGUGGAAAGGAAGAGAAGCCACAUACUAUAAAGAUCUAUUUUUUUUUUUAAGAGAGAACGUAGUGCUGUUCAGGUGCAUUCUGCCCUGGCUGCUCUGGGGAGCUUCUCCCUGGAGAAGAGCACCCGGGGCUGUGGCCGAGGGGCAUCAGCCUGGACCCAUGGCAGGGCCUGGCCUGCCUCUCCUGUGCUGUGGGAGCUCGCUGCCUGGUGCUUGUCUGGGCGAGACAGACAGGUGAGGUCGAGGAUGCAGAGGGCAGAGGCUCAGUGGGGCCUCAGAUGACACAGUCAGACUCGGGGGCCUGCCCUGGCCAGGGGUGCAGUCGGCAGCAGCGUGCGGUCCGGCAGCUCCCGCGGAUGCUUUUCCAUCCCAAGUGCCUGCGGAGCGCCGAGGAGAAGAGAGAACUGACUGGACGCUUACGUUGUUUUCCUCCUUCAGAAUCCAAGUUCUUGUUGGGCUUUAAAGUAGAAAGUCAGCAUUUUCCUUGAGCUAAAUACCUAAUAACCAAAACUGUGAGGAAGGUUAUCGGGACAGAGGUUCCGGAUAGCCGGUUUCAUUUUGGGUUUUCUUCCUCUUCCCCAGACUCCAGUCCUCGUUCUAGAGGAAGGAGUAGGACUUCCCUGAUCCCCGUAGGGCUUCAGCUUUUUCUGCCUCAAAACCAGCCCUAACUGGACUACUCUGGAUGCAUUUUGUGGUGGGCCCCCUAGAGGGGAAGACGGGCCUUCAUCUGCUCCGUGGGGUGCACUGGAGUGAGGGGUGUGGCUGGGCUGCCUCUCGCAUCUCUGUCUUCCCCUGCAGGCACUGUGUGAGCUGGCCCUGCCCCUCCUCAUUACAGUACGAAGGGAGCCAUGACACGCAGCAUUUUCCUGCCGUUCUCUCAGGGACUCUCAGGGCAGCUCCUGUCACUCCGCCAGGGCCAGCUUGCCAGUCCAGGCAGAGCAGGUGGCUGGCUGUCUGGCCGUCUUGCCCCGCCCCUCCACAGGACCCUGGACCAGGGUGGUGCAGGGCGCGGCCCCGAGGAGGCAGGUGGAGGAGCUGCGGGUUUCCACAGGGCCGCGUUGCCACAGCUCCUCUGAUCCUUUAGGGUUGGCGAGCAUCUCUGGAAAUAGCUUUUGCAGAGGAGUGGUGGGAGGAAUAGAGGGGGACAGUCUGUCACCUCCCUCCCCGCCACUUUGUGUAGAUCCUACCUGGAGGGAAUGGCUUUAGGUACUUUUGUGCCAGAGCUUGUGAGGGUGACAGAAGAGGGUCCAGGCUGGAAACCUGAACUUUCUGGGUGGGAGAACCAGGUGGUGCCUGUCGAGGUCUGGGCGUGUUUGGGCCGGUGCUGGAGCCUGUCCAGCUGGCCCGGGCCCUGGCCUGGUUCUCAAGUGUUUCCUAGACAGAGAGGCACCUGGGUCAGUAUUAGUCUAUUUAUCAGAGGUGUAAAUAAUCUAUGUAUAGUUUUUCUCCUUUUAGAUUAUUUUGUAUUUGUUUAAAAGAAGUUUUGUCAAAAUACAAAAAUAUAAAGAAAUGACUGAAAGUUGUUGACAGGGUUUUUAAGAAAUUAUAAUUAUUCUAAUUGUUUUUGUUUGUUUGGUUUUGCCUUGUAAACUAGCGCCAAGGAACUGCAGCAAAUAAACUCCAAAUCUGCCCAAGCCA